AUGGCCAGGCGUUCAACCUCGGGCAACCUUGCGGUCUGCGCCGUCCUGCUAGCCCUAGCGAGCGUCUGUCUGGGGGCCACCGCAAGCCAGUGGCAGUCGCGCUCCAUCUACCAGGUCAUGGUCGACCGCUUUGCUCGGACGGACCUGUCAACGUCUGCGGAGUGCACGCUAUGGGAGUUUUGCAACGGCACCUGGUCUGGCCUUAUUAAUGAGCUCGACUACAUCCAGGACAUGGGCUUCACGGCCAUCCAGAUCAGCCCCGUGGUCAGGAACAUUGAGCAAGACACCUCAGUGGGCACCGCAUAUCACGGCUACUGGAUGGUCGACAUGUAUGCCAUCAACGAGCACUUUGGCACGGCUGCCGACCUGCUGCGCCUGAGCGACGAGGUUCACAAGCGUGGCAUGUACCUCAUGGUCGAUGUUGUCGUUAACAACUUUGCGGCUGCUUUCAACAAUACCGUGCCUCCGCCGGUCGACUUUUCCGUCUUUAACCCGUUUGAUGAUGCAAAGUACUUCCACGAAUACUGCAACGUCACCAUAUGGACAGACCCGCAAAAUUACCAGAAUUGCUGGCUAUAUCCGUAUGGCGUCGCGCUGGCAGAUCUGGACACCGAUGCCCCGGCCGUUGUCGACAUGAUGCGCACCUGGGUUAAGGGGUUAGUGGCUAACUACAGCAUCGACGGCAUCCGCAUAGAUGCUGCCAAGCACGUCGACGAUGCAUUUUUGCCCGCCUUUGUCGACGCCGCCGGUGUUUUUGCGCUGGGCGAGGUGCUCACGGGCGUCACCGAAGACAUGUGUCGCUACCAGACGCUUGGCCUGCUCACCGGAAUGCCCAACUAUCUCGAGUACUACCCGCUCAACGCCGUCUUCAACGGGCAUAGCAUGGAGGACCUGAACACGGCACGAGUCGGCGCACAGACAGGAUGCAACGACACUCUGGUGUUGGGCACCUUUGUCGAGAACCACGACGUCCCUCGCUUCGCCGCCUCGGUAAGCGACAUGGCGUUGGCAAAAAACGCCAUGACGUACGUGAUGUUGAACGACGGGAUCCCAACUGUUUAUCAGGGACAGGAGCAGCACUUUAACGGCAACGGAACUCCCUUCAACCGCGAGCCGCUGUGGAAGUCGGGCUACAACAAGUCGGCGCCGCUGUACAACCUGACAUCUACGUUAAAUAAGCUGCGCAACACGGUCAUCGCGUUAAACUCGUCGUACGCUAACUCCUUGAGCGACACGCUGUUUGUUGAUGUCAACCACUUGUGCCUGCGGAAGGGGCCCGACGGGAGCCAGAUCGUCUUCUGUAUCAACAACCAGAGCAGCGGUGGACCGACAUACAAUCUAAGUGUCGGCGGGUUCACCCAGGGCGAUUCCGUAGUCGAGGUCCUGACUUGCAUGGUCUCUGAAGCUGACUUCAACGGAAACGUAACGGCAUACAUGGGGCAGGGCGAGCCAAAGGUAUUUGUUCUGCGCGACGCGCUGAACAAGACCGGCUUAUGUCAGACAGUGACGCCGGCCGCUCCCUCCAACCCGGCCACCUCCCCAAACCCGAAUGCGGCCGCAGGAAAUCUGGCAGCCAUCUGGGCGAGCACUGCGCUGCUCGCCACCGUGCUAAGCUGGGCCGUGUGGCUAUUUGUGUGA